CCUUUCCUUCUUUGCACCUGUGCCGUGCACGGUCAAGCCAUUCCUUCAUUCUUUGAACAUAUUGCCUGACUCCUAGUAGUCUAGCAGCCACUCUUUGCAAGAGCGCUUUGAGAGAACCGGUAUUCUCAUACUCAAAAAGUUAUACAUACACAUCACUUCUCUCCGAACAAAACCGAACAAAACCCGAAGAACAUAUACACCAUGGUCUCCUUCAAGUCUCUUCUGACCGCCACCACCCUGGCCACCGCCGUUCUCGCCAUCCCUCAUGGCGGCCACGGCCAUAACAGCCACAAGCACCGCUCCACCCACGUCGCCUCCAAGCGCGGCUCUUCCUCCAAGCGUGGCGCUGCCUACAACUCUGUCUCCAGCGUCCACACGCUGACCUCCGGCUCCUCCGGCAACGGCACCGUCUCCUGGGCCUAUGACUGGAACAUGUACGCCGACGGCAGCCUUCCCAGCAACGUCGAAUACGUGCCCAUGCUGUGGGGCAGCAAGAUGUUUGGAGGUUGGUUGACCGCCAUCGAGACUGCCCUUGACAGCGGUAGCAAUUACAUCAUGGGAUUCAACGAGCCCGACGCCUCCUCCCAAGCCUCGAUGACUGCUUCCGAAGCCGCCAGCUCCUACAAGAAAUACAUCACUCCUUACUCUGGCAAGGCUAAGCUCGUUACCCCGGCCGUCACCAGCAGCACCACCGAAGGCGAGGGUCUCAGCUGGAUGAAGUCCUUCCUGUCCGAAUGCAGCGAGUGCGACAUGUCAGUGCUGGCAGUCCACUGGUACGGCACCUCGGCCGAUGAGUUCAAGUCCUUCGUGCAGGAGGCCAUGCAGGUGGCGGACGACAACGGACUGGACGAGACCUGGGUGACGGAGUUUGCCCUCACCAGCGGCGAAUCGGCCGGCAGCGAUGAGAGUUCAGCGGCGGACUUCCUCGACGAAGUUUUGCCGUGGUUGGAUAGCCAGAGUGGCGUGGGACGGUAUGCGUAUUACAUGUGUGCAGACGGCUAUCUGCUCAGCGGGGAAGAGUUGAGCUCCAGUGGAAAGGUCUACGUUGCAUAGACAACUACAACUACCUUGAUUCCAUUUAGAUCUGCUUUACCUUGCCUUUUAUCCUUGAUACCUUUUGAGUUGUUUUUAUUCUACCAUUCUUAUGCCAUCCUUUCUUGAAAGAAAAGAAAGAGAUGAGCAUCCCAUUUUACCACCCACUUUUACUUCAAUACAAUACAAGUCCAAUUGAAGUCAAAUAAAAUGAAAAACCCAAAUAACAACUUUCCCACAAAAAUUGUAACAAAUGAAUCACAUUCACA